AUGUCCGUCAAAAAGGAAGGGGCCCAGAAGAAAUGGGUCGCCCUGAAGGAGAAGCUGGGGCCCCAGGACUCGGACCAGACGGAGGCCAACUUGGAAAACGCCGAGCCGGAGCUCUGCAUCCGCCUCCUGCAGAUCCCUUCCGUGGUGAACUAUUCCGGUCUCAAGAAGAGACUGGAGAGCAGCGAUGACAACUGGAUGGUCCAGUUCCUGGAGCUCUGCGGACUGGACCUCCUGCUGGAAGCCCUGGACAGGCUGUCCGGGAGGGGCGUCUCCAGGAUCUCCGAUGCGCUGCUGCAGCUGACGUGCAUCAACUGCGUGCGGGCGGUCAUGAACUCCCAGCAAGGCAUCGAGUACAUUGUGAGCAACGAGGGCUAUGUCAGGAAACUCUCCCAAGCGCUGGACACCUCCAAUGUCAUGGUCAAGAAGCAAGUGUUCGAACUCUUGGCUGCCCUCUGCAUAUACUCGGUGGAUGGCCACGCGCUGGCUUUAGAUGCUCUGGAUCAUUACAAGACGGUGAAAACCCAGCAGUAUCGAUUCAGUGUGAUCAUGAACGAGCUCUUAGCUACAGACAACGUGCCCUACAUGAUAACGCUCCUAAGUGCCAUCAACGCGAUAAUACUGGGAACCGAGGAACUAAGAGCCAGGACUCAACUCCGGAACGAGUUCAUAGGUCUCCAGUUGUUGGACAUUUUGACCAAGCUGCGGUAA